UCCUGCGCCAAUUUAUUUCCCACCUUAAAUCUCUUCACCCUUCGCCGGAAAACACACCUCCGGCGAACCAAUCUCAAUUCCCGGCCACCAUCAAAUAAAAAAAUAAAAAUUCCAAAAUGGGGUCUCUCUCAUAUUCAUUAUCAUCAGAAGAAAACCAAGAACAAAAAAUAGAUCCAAACAAGCUAAAAUCUUUAUUCAAAUGCCAACAAAAAUACCUAAACAAUUUCUUUGAGAAACUAGACCAUAACCAAACACAGAAAUUCGCCCAAACACUCCUUAACACAAAAGGAACAAUCUUUAUAACAGGAAUUGGCAAAUCCGGAUUUGUAUCAAAAAACAUUUCUCAAACCCUUGUGUCUUUAGGCAUCAAAUCACAAUUCUUGUCACCUGUUGAUGCACUUCAUGGAGAUAUAGGCAUAUUAACAGAAAAUGAUAUAUUAAUAAUGUUUAGCAAAAGUGGUAACACAGAAGAGCUAGUGAAAUUGGUGCCUUGUGUUAAGGCGAAAGGCGCGUAUUUGAUAUCGAUAACAUCGGUUGAAGGGAAUGUGUUGAUGGGAAUGUGUGAUAUGAAUGUGCAUUUGCCUUUAGAAAGGGAAUUGUGUCCUUUUGAUUUGGCACCAACUACUUCUACUGCUAUACAAAUGGUGUUUGGAUGUACUGUUGCUAUUGCUAUGAUGGAUGCUAAGAAUUUGACUAAAGAAGGCUAUGCUGCUAAUCAUCCUGCUGGUAGGAUUGGCAAAAGUUUGAUCUUUAAGGUGAAGGAUGUGAUGAAGAAGCAAAAUGAGCUUCCAGUAUGUAAAGAAGGAGACUUGAUAAUGGAUCAAUUAGUGGAACUAAGUAGCAAAGGAUGUGGUUGCCUUUUGGUGACUGAUGAUGAUUACCAUCUUAUUGGGACGUUCACUGACGGUGAUCUGAGGCGAACACUUAAAGCUAGCAAGGAGGGCAUUUUCAAACUUAGUGUUGGUGAAAUGUGCAACAGGAAGCCAAGGACCAUAACUGCAGACAGAAUGGCGGUUGAGGCAAUGGCUAAGAUGGAGGCUCCCCCAUCCCCUGUUCAGUUUUUGCCGGUUAUUAAUGAACAAAAUGUCGUUAUAGGUAUUGUCACACUCCAUGGGCUCGUAUCUGCUGGCCUCUGAUCAAAGCUCUUACAAGUCUAUCCUCUGUCAGUUGUUUGUCUGUAGCAUUCAAGAAAAUAUUUCUCAUGUUCAUCAUCAUAAGGGUUGUAUUUCUAUUCUGUUCAUUUUUUGCCCUUUAUCGUAUGUAUUACCAAGUAGAUUAAUCAUGUGUAUGUCUUAGAAUGUUGUUGCUUUCCAGUCACUGUACCCUGUAUGGCUGUUUUUUUUUAUCUUCAAUAUAGUGUUGUAUAAAAUUUAAAUUUGAGCAAUUUGGCAAAGGGAAGUUGCAAGUA